AUAAAACGUUAACCUUACGAAACAAAUUAAAAUGUAAUCACGGUGUUAUUUUAUUUAUUUGGCUUCAGACAAGGUCUUUGUGAAUAAACAACCGUACGGUUACAGCGUUAGAAAGGGGAGGGAACGUUGUACAGGGAGAAAAGACACCAAGCCGGAAGCAUAUCGUCGGUGCACACACUCUGCUAGUGUUGUAUUUACGGUAUUGUUAGUAGGGAACUGUUUUAUUUCAAAAUGAUGAAUUAUUCUGACUACGACUCUGACGGGUAUGAGUCCAACGAUGACGCAGACUACGUACCCUCAGAUGACAACCUCAGUGAAGAUGACAUUAAUGAGUGUGUAAAGGAAGACCCUCUGAACGAUGAUGGAGAUGAACCACGUCCUGAUGACGUCAGGACAAAGAAGAACAAGAAGAAAGACAUCAGUGUGAGGAAGAGGAAGAAAGGAGUACUAAAGCUACAGAAGGAGGAGGAGAAAGAUGUAGGAGGAUCGGAACAGAUAGAGGAGCCACAGGAGGACCUGACCAAAGCCACUGGCACAGGGGAAAAAGAAACAAAAGCAAAGAAAAAGGCUGAUGAUCUGUGGGCGAGUUUUCUGUCUGACGUGGGAUCAAGACCUAAAGAAUCGACUCCUGCUUCACCGUCAAGUUCAGCGCAGAAGGAGGACACCAAUGUAAUAACAGCUGUAACAAAAACAUCAGAACCCGCCAAAGUCACCAUCACCAAGGUUUUUGACUUUGCUGGAGAAGAGAUUCGGGUGCAGCAAGAAGUUUCCGCAGACUCCAAAGAAGCUAAGACUUUUUUUAAAAGUCAAAACAAAGAUGAGCAGGAGAAAGACGAUGAAGUGGAGACGUCGUCAACCAGCCAGACGCCUUGUCCUGGCCCAAGUGCUAAGCGUCCGGCAGGAAUGUCCAACCUCCUGGGUCGCAUUGGUGGGAAGAAGCAGAAGAUGAGCACGCUGGAGAAGUCCAAGAUGGACUGGGACGCGUUCAAAUCGGAGGAGGGCAUCACCGAGGAGCUGGCCAUUCACAACAGAGGACGAGAAGGGUAUGUGGAACGGAAGAACUUCCUGGAUCGAGUCGAUCACCGGCAGUUUGAGUUGGAAAAGGCAGUGAGACUGAGCAACAUGAAACCAUGACAGUAUUUGACAGUACAGCCUACACAUACACACACACUCACACACAAUCACACACACACACACGAACAGAUGUUGGUCUGCCUGUGUCUUCUGUUCUCGCUGCCGUGGCCUCAGUACAGGCAGCUCAGGCUGCUGCUGUGGAAUGAGUCUAUUUCAGGACCAGGAUAUUAUUAGGAAGUGUUUGUGUAAUGGAUGGGUGGGUGUUGGGUGCUCUGCCUUUCCAUCUAUUUUCUCAACCAAGGCAACAAUGGUCACAUUUCAUUGUCUAGUUCUGUCGUUAGGGGUCUGCGAACACCGUUAUUACGCCGUAAUUACGACGUUGGAUGUCGACACACAGUCGGAUCAAACGCUAAUGCGAGCUGCGAAUACAGUAAUCCAUUCAUCCUCAACCGCUUAAUCCUUUUCAGGUAUGUGAAGUGGGCGUUGAAGCCCAUCCACACAGUUAUCAGGUCGCGGGGAAGGUGGGGGGGAGGGGCAGGGGGUACACCCUGGAUAGUUCAACAUCUCAGGUCCACAUACAAAGACAAACAAGCGUUCAUACUCGUAUCUAUGUUCAACAUAAUGUGUUCUGUUGACCAAACCCUUUGUGUUUGUGGAUUGUGGGACGUAGCUGGAGUUUCUGAGGACAAUCUCAUGCAUGCCCUGAGCAAAACAGGCAAUAAGAAUCCAGCUAUUCAACAUCUAAACUUACUUGGUUACACAGUUCUUGUUCAGUAGAUUAGCCAAAUUGUCAUUGCAAGUGUAUAGCAACAUGCUAUUAUGCUAAUGAGUCUGUUUUAGCUGUGUAUGUGUUUAAUUCUCAAUAAUUAUAGUAAUCAAUCAUGUCUCUUGGUUUGCAGUUGAUGUUAAAUAUGUGGUCCUAAAACCCAGUCCUAUAAUAUUUAGAUUUAAACUAAAUGGCUGCAUUCACAGUGAGCUGAGCUCUACAUGUGUUGAUGAACACGUGUGUUUUCUCACCCAUUCUUAGUUUUGGUUAAAGUCCAGGUCUAAGGACAUUAGCUUUGAUCAUUUACUUAAUAAUUCAUUUUUUAACUCAUUUUUAAGUCAAGAUUUUAAUGAUGAUGAUGUUUGUUUUUGAGGUCGCUGGUCAUUUCACGUGAUAAUUACGAUCAUUUGUUCCUUCCUGUUUGGCCUGGUUGUCUUUAUUUCCUCAAGUGAUGAUCAUUGCCCCGGUGCUGCUCUUCUCAUGCAGUGUUGUUUGGCUUCAUUGACAGACGUUGUAGGUUACUGGGGUAAAUGCUCCGCACAUGUAGGUUGCCUGUUGCCUGUUCCAGGGGAACACAGCAACAAUGGAAAACCUGGCCAUUCACAGUUCUGUAGAGCUCCAUAUGCUGAAGUGACACCAGUCCACUGCCUUUGGGAACGUCAGCAGAACACAGCACAUUUUCAUAUCGUAAGGUCGAUCUUUGAGGUUUGUUUAAAAACUCUCAAGAUACUGUUGUAAUUGGGAAAUCAUGUUGCAGCAAUAAAAGAGUAGAGAACACUGACAAGCCACUCUGGUGUUACCAAAUUAAGAAGUGAAAAGAUUUUAAUUUGACACAUUUUCAGAGAAAGGUUGUUUUUUUUUUUACUCACUCUACAUUCUGAGCACUUCCUCAACUGUCACUGCACACUUUAGUGCUCAGGAAUCAGAACAGAUCUGAGUCCUGGAAAGAUCGUAUCACAGUGACAGCGGACUCUGUCCUGUACAUGAGGCCGUGUUUUGUAAACAAACAGGCAGAACAUUGGGGAGAAUAGAUAAUAUUACAGAUGCAGAGAGAGACAAGGAGGAGAAUAUUGGAGGGUUUUUUAUAUACUGUCAAUGGUUCGGUGUCUUUGAACAGUUCUUUUCAUUCAUGUAAAUAUAUACACCCAAUAAACAUAUUCUUUCUUUAAAUGUGGU